GAGUGAGCGUGUGUGGGUGUACCGGCGGUGUCUGUACUGCAACAACGGGGAGGCGGACGUCCAACUUAUGCACAGGUGGAACCUCACCUCCCUCCCCCAUCAUACUGAUGACCUCUUCCAAGAUCAGCUGCAUGAUAUGAUGGGCCACAAGUUCCGGGUGGUGGCUCUGCGUCACUUCCCCUUCAUGGACUACCAGCCGGUGAGCGACGAGCCGGGGGGCCCCAUCAUACCCAAAGAUUGCCUCGACACAAGAUUUAUAACCACCUUUGCUGCCAAAUUGAAUUUCACAUAUGAGAUGCACGAACAGCGAGAGAAACAGUGGGGAGUGCCGACGGAUGGUAAAUUCAAUGGCAUGAUGGGAGAGCUUCAGCGAGAGGAGACGGACUUCUGCAUGAUCGCUGCACCCACACCAGAGCGCCUGCAAGUAACUGAGUACUCCAGGGGGUAUCCAUCUACAGAGCUUAUCAUAGUGUCACUCAAACCCACGGUCUUGCCUGAGUACCUCGCGCUCAUUAGGCCAUUUGCAGGAGACCUUUGGUUCGCGUUGCUCGGGAGCGUGGUGGCGUGGGCCUUGCUCUUGUGGGUACUAGAGAGGGCGUGGCGGUGGGUGGCGAGAGGUAGUGGUGUUAAGUUCAACACUGCACUCCUGUAUGGCUGGGGCGCCCUUCUCGAGCAACCACCCCGUGACCUCUCUGUCAGCGUCUCAGGCCAAAUGUUGGUGGGGUGGUGGCUGGUGUUCUGCCUGGUCAUUAGCACAGCCUUCCGUUCCUCACUGAUCGCUCACUUGACAGUUCAGGGGAAAUCGCCCACCUUGGAGACUUUUCAGGAUCUGUUGGAUAAGGAUGUCUGGAAGUGGGGCACUGAGCGAUGGCUCUUGUCCGGCGUCCCUUUGGAAUAUUUUUCUAAACACUUCGAUCCAGUUGUGCAACAGAUAUAUAAGCGCAUGGAAAUCCUCCCUGUAGACGAGGCCCUAAGCAAUGUCAAGAAGGGAGGCUUCUCGUUCCUCACCUUCAGGGAGUACGUCAGCAUCAUCAUCGCUUCCCGUUACACUGACUCCCUCGGCAAUACCCCCUUCUACGUCAGCAAGACCAGCGUUUCCAUGAUGGCUGCCUUUGGAUGGGGAACGAGGAAGGGCGCUCCUUUCUACCCGCGUUUUAGUCAACUGAUGUCACUGCUGGAGGAUGCUGGCAUUACAGCCUACUGGAAAGCCGACGUCAGAGUCAGGCGUGUGAGGGAGAAUAGGGCCGCUGCAGCCCUGGAUACUCAGGCUAACCAGAUGUACACACAACAGGUGGACAGGAGGCAGGUAGUGCUCGGGUUGGGACAACUGCAGGGGGCCUUUUACCUAUUAUUUCUGGGCUGCGGCAUUUCCUUCCUAACUCUGCUGCGAGAGAACCUCGUUCACUCUCACUCACCACCUCAGUAACAUCUUCCUUACCCAUCACAUUAUAACAAUACCAUGUUCAUAGGAGUAAAUUGUGUCAUAUUUUUGAGGAAAUACAUGAAAAUCCUGCUUAGACAAAGAUUACCCGCCACAACACACUACACAACAGUGUCCCAGCCCAAACCAGGAGUGCCUGAGGCAUGAACCAAUCACAGUGGCCUGUGAGUGUUAUGUCUAAGCCUAACUCUACUAAUUGGCUGGAAGCUGAGCUCGUGCCUCAACAAGAGGGCACUCGGUUUUCAAACACAGAGUCUGGUUAGAAUUGGUUAAGUAAAGACGUGUGUGUGGUCGGCAGGUCCUCGGCAAUGCGAUAUACUUGUGUGUGUAUACAGUAUAUUGCUAUUCACGUGACUCCUGUUUAACUAGCUAGGAAAAUAGGUUUAUUGUUUUAAAAGUGUACUGGUCAUUCUGAAUAACUUCGUUAAUAAACGAAGACCAGUUGUGAUUAGUUCUCAGUUCCCUUGUGUAUGAGUAUGUCCCCCUGAGUGUCUUGGUGGUAUGCAGUGAUACAGUGAGUCCUGAGUAACAACACACCUAUCACCUGUUUCUCCUUCUCAGUUCUUCCUUAGUUAUCAGCCUCCCCUCUCUUCCAGUUAUUCUAUCUUUCCUCAUCCUCCCCUCAUAUCAGUUAUCCUCUGGUGGGGGAGUGACCACAGGUAAACCUCCACCUCCCUAACCACAAACCAGCUGUUAGCAUCUCUCGUUCCUCCUCCUUCCUCUCACUUCACCUUCACCGCCUCCAUUUCAUGAGUAUACAGGGAAAGAAAGAAAAAAGAGUAAUAAGAACUGAGAAGAAGAAAAUAAAAGGAAAAAUAAAAGCACAUUUAUUACAACAUGACCUCUGGCCAGAAUGAUGACACUGAAUAUUUGAAAAUUAUUGAAAAAAUUGCACAGCAAUGGAAAUGCUAAGAUAAGCAGCACCAUGAUUAGAAUACGCUCCUUGAACUGUAGUUGUUCACAUUAUUAAAUCGAAUUAAUUUUUA